AUGGCCGCCACCCGCGACAAGGACUCCAUCACCUGCCACAUCCUCGACACGUCGGUGGGGAAGCCGGCGCGCGGCGUGCGGGUGCGGCUGCAGCUGACGGCGGGCAACAGCAGCCACGGGACGUCGGGGGCCACGGUCGAGUUCGAGUCGCAGACGGACGACGACGGCCGCGUCAAGUCGUGGCUGCCGUACAGCUCGCCGGCCAGCUCGGGCGAGGUGCCCGUGUACACGCUCGACGACGUCCUCGGCGACAUCAAGGGCCUCAGCCGCUGGACGCUGCGCUUCGACACCGCCGCCUACUUUGGCGGCGAGGACCGCACCUUCUUCCCCGAGGUCACCGUCGUCUUCGCCGUGCAGGAGGGCGAGCACUACCACGUCCCGCUGCUGCUGGCGCCGUACAGCUACUCGACGUACCGCGGCAGCUGA